AUGAUAAGAAUUACACUUGUACUCCAGUCAGCUUCUAUGCCAUCCGCAAGCCAACUGAGUUGUAAUGCAACGAGCGCACACAGGAGUUCGCAGCCAGUGGGCCACCUCGGCCGGUGCGCCUCUCCCUCCCUGGACGCAUCUCCUCCUCGGGCGUGGCUAUGGAUUGACACGGACUCGGGUGUUGAUGACGCGCUGGCCGUCUCUCUGGCGCUGUCACACCCCAACGUGGAAGUGGCAGGCAUAUCUGUAGUUCGGGGCAACGUGGGUGUGGCGCAGGGGCUGCUCAACAUGGGCCGAGUGCUGCUCGCCGCCACCGCCGGGGCCUUCGGCUCCCCGUCGUUGCCGCCGUCGCCGUCGCCAGGGGGUGAUGAGCCCCGCGUCAGCGCUUCCUGUGAAACCAUCCCCAGCAGCCCGCUGCCGCCGCCGGCCUUUACCAUAGGCGGCGUGUCGGUGUACGGCGGCGCGGAUGAACCGCUGGCGUCGCCGCCGCAGCCGCUGACGUACUAUUACGGCAGCUCCACUUGUGGGUCCUUCGGAUCCGUGACCUGCGUAGCCCACUGCCCGCCGCCCUCCCCGCCCCACAUCCCUAUCCGCCCGCCGCCCUCAACAAGAGAUGGGCUCGGGGACGUGCCCCACCUGCCACCCACCGAGUCUGAGGUCCCGGCUAGGAGGUCCACAACGUCACCGGGCGCCGAAACCACCAACACCGCAACCCCCCCGGCGGCGGCUGCAGGCCCAGGUGCAGCGGCUGCAAGUGCACUUGUGGCUGCGGCUCGUGCUCGCCCCGGUCAGCUCGUGGUGGUGGCCCUGGGUCCCCUCACCAACCUGGCGGCGGCGCUCAGGUUGGAUCCCGAGCUACCCUCCCUGGUGCGGGGCCUCAUAGUGCUGGGGGGCGGGGAGGGAAUGUACGGCGGUAACGUUACGCCGUACGCCGAGUUCAACUUCCACACGGACCCCGAGGCAGCGUCAGAGGUGAUUCAGGCCUUUGGCGGGGCUCCGGACAACAACGGCGCGAGAAGCAGCAAAGCCGCCACGCCGCAUGUCAACGCCAAGUCGACAUGGCCUUCUUCAUCGUCUCCAUCUCGUUCUCCUCCUCCUCCUUCCUCCCCAUUCGGAGUAGCCGGCAGUGACCCACGGGUCGCUCUAAUCACCUGGCGGUGCUGUCAGAGGAACCUGCUGGCCUGGGAGGUGGUGGAUGAACUGAUAGCUGUGGCGACCACUGGGUGUACUGCUAGUGCUGCUGCUGCAGCAGCUAUUGCGACGGCGGCGGUGGAGGAGGGGAAGGAGGACGUUGCAGCUGACAGGUUCGGCCUGCUAGGUCGCUUUCUGGCGGGCAUCCUGGCCCCCUUCCUGGACCGCUGGCGGAGGGAGUCCCCCCGGGGCCUACUGCUGGGGGACCCGCUGGCGGUGGCGGUGGUGACGGGCAUGCAGCCGGGAAACAGCGGGUCACAAAAUAAAAACACGAGCACGGAGCCAGUCCAGACUCCCGUCCCAAUUUGGAAUCUGCAGCACUGGAAAUGCCAGCAGCAUCAACAAGAUCAGCAGCAGCGGAAAGAGAAGCAGAAGCUAAAGCAAAAGCAAGGGCAGCAGCUUCAAGCCCCGCCGUCGGCUUUGGUACCGGGCUCGGGGCGUAACGGAAUUCCGGAGCCCGCGUUUACCCAGCUGGGGGAGCCUGUGAGCGGGGCUUGGGAUGCGUACGACACGUGGGCGGACAGCGGAUCGCCCUGGGGCAGUUUAGUUUUGGAGCAUUACGUGGCGCCAUGCCGGGUGGAACUCCAGGCUACUGCCCUGUGGAGCAUGGGCGACAUUAACCGCUCGUGGGGUAGUGGGGGAGGGUGUGUAGCGUGUGCUCCUAACGCUGCUCUGAAUUGUGACCGCUGUUGGCAUGUGUCCUGUCUCUCAGACGCCUCCUACACCGUUACCCGGGGUCGCCACAAUGCAAUGCAGGAGCAGCAGGGUGCCGGAGGGGAGGCGGAGUUGAGGGCCACACGCCAACCCUGGCGUAAGGAAGGAAGGGACGGCGAGGUAUCUAGGAGCUGUUCCUCAGCCGGCUCGGCGCGGCUGGCUGUGGAAGUGGCUGUGGUGGUAGCCAUGGAUAUGCGGGCGGUGGCGGAGGGGCUGAUGCGGGCGAUGUCGCCGGGCGACUUUGCGGAUUCGUGA